GAGGACUGGAGGACUCGGGACAGUGCUGGUCAGAAGGGCCCUGAACGCUCAGUCCGAGCUUGUAAACAGGUGCUUGCAAAAAUAAGCGCUCGGUAAGCAGAGCAGGGAUACUGUGAAGAGAAAACUCAGAGGAACCAUGAUCAUCAGAUUUAACCGGCCAAAGAGAUGUCUCUUCCUUUUGGGGAUGCUCUUCAUGCUGUCCCGCCUCGCAUUCUCUGAGGAUGAGGUCGGGGCAGAGAAAGGAGUCACGUUCAGCCAUGUCUACAGGAUUGACUCUGGUUGUAAGCAGGGUUCCCAGGAGGGCCAGCUGUCUCAGGACCAAGCUUCAGAAGGACAGUCAUUUACAGUAAAUGGGGAGAAUGACAUCGUCUUCAAACACAACAUACGCCUGAAGUCAAGCAGUUGUGGGUGUGCAGACUCAGAGGACUUCAAAUCUCUGUUGUAUCGCGUGAAUGGCCUGGAAGAGGAGGUCGCCUAUCUGAAGACCCAGUGCGCUCAGGGCUGCUGCAAAGGAGGCUCGGGUGUGGACACCAGCUGCAGUGGUCAUGGCACCUACGAGCCCGAUUUGUGCAGCUGUAAAUGUUAUCCAGGUUGGGAAGGUCCAGACUGCUCCAUCUCAUCCUGUCCAGAUGAAUGCAACGAUAACGGCCGCUGUGUGGACGGACGCUGCGUCUGCCACGAAGGCUACACCGGCCAUGACUGCAGCCUGCUCACGUGCCCUGGAGACUGCAGCGAUAAAGGCCACUGUGUGGAUGGCAAAUGCGUGUGCUUCAGUGGAUUCUCCGGAGAUGAUUGCAGUGUUGCUAGCUGUCUGAAUAACUGCGUAGGAAACGGACGCUGCGUGGACGGCCAGUGCAUCUGCGAUGAGGGAUUUUUUGGAGACGACUGCUCCAUGGUUCUAGGUCCAAAAGGUCUCCGUCUGAUCAAAGUCACAGAUGUGUCUCUGUUGGUGGAGUGGGAGUCUGUCAGAGGAGCUGAGUACUACAUCCUCUCCUAUUAUCCUAAAGGAGACCAGGGAGCCAUUAAAGAGGUCCAGGUGGAAAACACGGAAAACUCCUACUUAAUCACAGGCCUCAAGCCCGGAGUCACAUAUAUAGUGCAGGUGCAUGCUGUCAUCAGGGGCAUUAAGAGUGAAUCCGACCAGAUAGUGGCCACGACUGAUGUCUCUGGUGUUGAUGGGAUCCAAGUGUUGGGUCAGACUGAAGACUCAAUCCAGGUGGACUGGGAGAACCCUGCAGUCGGAGUGGACCACUUCAAACUGAUCCAUGCAAGCCCAGAUGGCCAGGAGGGACUGGAGAAAGUGGCAAUGAGCCAGGAGGCCAGGACCAUGCACACCAUUGUAGGUCUAAACCCAGGAACAGAAUAUCAGAUAUCAGUGCAAGCAAUCAAAGGUGAAAUGGAAGGCAAACCAUCCAAUGCCACAGGAGUCACAGACAUUGAUGCUCCAACCAAUCUGGCAACCAAGGAAGUGACAGAGAAUUCGGCAACUGUGACAUGGUAUGCCGUUCGUGCAGAUAUUGAUGGCUACAUUCUGACCUAUUCUUCUGCUGAGGGCACCAGCAAUGAAAUUAAAGUGAGAGCGGAUGCUACCUCUCACCAGCUGACAUCUCUGAAGCCUGGAGUCGUGUAUACGGUUUUCCUCUGGGCAUAUAAGGGCUAUCGCUCAAGCAGGAAGAGUACGACUGAGGCUGAGACGGAAAUAGACGCUCCUACCAACCUCUUAACCAAAGAGGUGACCGAGGACUCAGCGUUGGUGAUGUGGAAAAAGGUCCAGGCUGACAUCGACGGCUACAUGUUAAGCUACAGCUCUGCAGAUGGAUCCAGUCAGGAAGUUCGAGUCGGCGCUGACACCACCUCUUACGGGUUCACUGGUCUGAAGCCGGGAGUUGUCUACACAGUCUACGUCUGGGCUGUGAAAGGCUCUCGAUCCAGCAGAAAAGCCACAACCCAAGCCGAAACAGAGAUCGAUGCACCCAAGGACCUCAAAGCCAUUGAUGUUAAGACGGAGACGUCCACUAUAACAUGGAACGCUCCCCAAGCCAGAAUCGACGGCUACAUACUGACAUACAGGGCUGAGGAUGGCACCACACAGACUGUGGAGAGAAAGUUGACCGCAGGGGAUACUAGGUUUGCUCUCUCUGGCCUUGCAAUGGGCAAAAAGUACAGCGUUACCAUUAUUGCCUAUAGGGGCUCAAAGGGGAGCAAAAUAGUGGAGACAGUAUUUAGCACAGUUGGUCUGUCCUACCCGUUCCCCAUGGACUGCACUCAGAUUAUGAAGAAUGGAAACCUGGAGAGUGGAGUGUAUACGAUCUACGUUAAUAACAACCGUAGUAAAACCAUGCAGGUGUACUGUGACAUGACGACCGAUGGUGGCGGCUGGAUUGUGUUUCAGAGAAGAAACACGGGCAAAUUAGAAUUCAUGAGACGUUGGAGAGAGUAUAUGAAAGGCUUCGGAGAACUGACAGAGGAAUUCUGGCUCGGCCUGGAAAAGAUUCACGAGCUGACCAACACUACCACGCAGUACGAGGCGCGUUUCGACGUCGGCUAUGGAUCCGAUCGGGUUUAUGCAGUCUACGAUAACUUCAAAGUGGCAUCGUCCAAACAAAAAUUUAAGCUAACCAUUGGCAAAUACAGAGGAAAUGCUGGUGAUGCUAUGACUUAUCACCAAGGAGGACUUUUCUCCACGGUUGAUUCAGACAAUGACAUCGCACUUGGAAACUGUGCUUUGACUCACCAAGGAGCCUGGUGGUAUAAAAACUGCCAUCUAGCCAACCUGAACGGCAAAUUUGGGGACAACAGACACAGCAUGGGAGUAAACUGGGAACCAUGGAAGGGUCACCUGCAGUCUCUUGACUUCUCCGAAAUAAAGAUCCGGCCCGUGGGAGCAGGAAGCAGAAAUAAGAGAUCUCUGAAGAGGAGGGUAUCUGUGUAUUAACAAUCACUCUACUUUACUAAGUAAAACAGGUUGUAAAAAACAAUAUUACUCAAGUCAACAAUCAAAUAACAAAAUGGUUUGGAAUUGGUGUCCAUUCAGGGAAGCCACUUUGUAGAUUCAAUGCUGUGGAAUUAUUUCUUGUGUCUGACAUUUUUAAUUUAGUAUAUAUAUAUAAAUAUAAAGAAUACAAAAAACAAUGCAAUGCAGUGGUAUUUUGAACCCACAUGUAAGUGAAGAUGAUAUGUAUAGUGAUCUUCACAGAACUUAUUUUUUUAUUGUAUUACACAAUGUUUUGCACCCAAAAGACUUUGUACUGUAUUCUCAUAAAUUCAAUAUUUUUACACUUUUAAUCCAUCAGCUGUCAAUCUUAAUGGAUUGUAAUGUCACGCAUAGAAAAACGUUUUAAUAUAUGUUAAAGUCUUCUUUCUGGAUGUGUACUUGUGUAGUUGUACUAUAAUUGCUGACUCUGACACAAAAUUAAGUGUCACGUAUUUUCACAGAAAUAAAACAUUUCUUGAGUUGAA